CCGCCGCUGAAUCUUCCAAACCUCAAGCUCUAUUGUCCGGGGCGAUCCCCUCCGAUCAUCAAGUGGUAUGGAUACGUCAAACCCUUCUGUUUUUGUCAAUGCAGAGCUGCUGCGACUGUAUGUUGGAAGGCAGGUUCGGGCAUUGAUUCAGGUUGUGCAACUGGGUGCUGGAUCUGUCAUUGGCAAAUCUACUGAUGAAGUUCAGUUGACUGUAAAGGGCACCCCACCCUUUGCUCUUACAAAGUUUGUUGAGGUUAUUGGUGUUGCUGACAGUGAUAAAUCAAUCCAGGCUAGCCUAUGGAACAACUUUGGUGAAUCAAUUGACACUCAUUCGUACAAUCAGCUUUGCCUGCUUGCAAAUGGAGAAUUCAAGAACUUGUUCAUAUGAGUGACAACCUUCUGUCGUUGUAAUAGUGCAAUCUCAUCAGAUUCAGGACAAGAAGGGAUAAUGAGUGAUGUAGUCAGUAAUGUAGCUAUAAUACUGUCUUUUGGCAAGUUGUUCAAUUUUAAAGAAGUCUAGCGGUAAAGAUCUAGUUAUUAGGCAUGCACAUCUCUGCUGCCUCUAUUUACUAGUAAUUCAGAGUCAGACACAUUAUCUGCCU